AUGACUACACAGGGAGGCAACCUGUGCGGGCAUCCCUGUCCGCGUGGCUACUCAGGUCUCUGCACCGCUAAUCGUAGUAGGAACAAGAGCAGCAGCCAGCACCAACAACACAAGCAGCAGCAGCCAGAUCCCCAUCUUGGUUGCAUUCCCCUAAAACGAGGCGAUCGUUUGCAGCAGCAGCAGCAGCAGCAAGGCUCUUUUUGGGCUGAUUCAUACAACAUGAACAGUGCAGAGAGGGCAAUGGUACCUGUACACAAUAUGUCUACAACUAGCCACAUACACUGCAAUUGCUGCUGCACUCAUUGCUACGAAGGGGACGAAGAGUACUUCAACUCUUCAGUUCAAAUAGAAGUAGAAACUGACGGAUUCGAUUCGGUGAACUUUUCCCCUCCGCUUCCUCGCCACCAUCGGCAGCAGCAUCAGCAGCAUCAGCAAUAUCUGCAGCAUCAUCAGCAGCAUAGCGAAACUAUUGAGUUGUGUCCUUAUCAUCAACAAUACCAGCAACAGCAACAACAGCAGCAGCACCGUCACCACCACCACCACCACCAUAACCACAGCCAGCAGCACUCUGCCAGUUCGCAUAUUCCACCUCUGCCUAUUAAAUCCUCCAAUGUUUUAUCUGUUAGCGAUCAUGCAAUAUUCCCUCUCUCCCCUGAAAAAGAAGAAGGAGAGCCUGUGGAUUACGAAUAUUAUGUAUGGGAUGCUGUAGCACAAGAAUACGUACGUACAGACCGUCAAACAGGAGAGAAAAUGCUACAAGAUCCUCAGUACUUUCAGUAUCAUUACCGACUUGUUGAGAACGCAGAAGACGGGGAAACAUUGCUGUUGCCAGAACCUCUAAAUAAUGCUAUCGCGCCUUGGAGCGAAGAUCAACAGGCCGUGCUUCAGCAACAGGAGCCAACUCCAAUAAGUCUUUACAGUGAUCAGCGCGAUGAUCAGAUGUGCCCUUAUCCUCAUCCAGAUGCGGCUAGAGAUCUUUGUCACGAUAAUGAGGAAGACACGUGUAUUGUGAGUGGUGCUCACUCCGUGGAGGAAGCAGCAAAGAGCAGCUUUUCUCAAAGGGCCCCUCACCUUGGUGGUGGUGAGUUGUUGCAACCUCCCCACUCUCUUUUGGUGACACCACGACAAGGGCGGUUGGAUAAGCCUGUGUCUGCACAGAGCCGCUGUGCACAAACACAACAGCAAGGAAUGAGAAGAUGCCGCGAAGUUCUUGACAAAGAGAAUUGCUCACAGCCAACCACCUCCAGCACUCACCACAGACUACAAGACUGUGCUACGAAUUCAACUCUUACGGGACAUGCUACGGGUUGGGGUCAUGAAGCACCAAACAUCAUUGACCGACGAUGCAACAAAACACCUGGGACUAAGGGCGUCGAGUGCAAGCUAGAUGAAAUAGAGGCUAUUUCUUCAAUACCUCGGUUUUUCAUCUCUUGCAGCAGACCGUGGGAAAACCCUUCUGCCAGCAUGCGAGACAGAGACCUGCAGCUACGACAACUUAGACAUCUCCAGCGAGUGCAAGAAUUAGAGAGAGAUGAACUGUUUAGGCGCCAAUUAAUGCUCGAUGAAAUGGCAGCUGCUCUUCCCAAGUCGUCGCAGCUUCUUCUGAAUGCGGAAAACAAUAGCAAAGCUUGCCGUGACGCAAAACGCCCUGCUGCCGAUCGCCGAAUGAAGAACAACAAUCGAUUCCCUACUCAGGCACAGCAGCGUGAUUUAGAGCGUCGGACGCGGACUGAUCCUGUUAACCGAGGACGUUACUUUAGGGAUGUGUGGAAAAGCGACAGGUUUCUAGAACAACAAAGGCAUCCAACAUUCGACGUGAAAGCAUACGAUGCAUGGUUGAAAAACAGUGGACAUCUGAUUAGAGGCAGGGCUCUAGAGCUGCAGCAAGAAGAGCAAAGAUUACUCUCCAAGCUGCAGCAGGAAAGAAGCACCCGCUUAAAGCGAUGCGGGUACUGA